AUGAAAGACGAGCUGCAGAGGCUAGUCUCGCCAGAGCACAACUUCAUCCAACCCGCUGUAGAACCGCUCGAACCCGAUUCGAAGACCGGCGAUCUCAUCUAUGAGAACGUCUACAACAAAUCCGGCGAAAAUCUGGCGUCGCUCAAGCCGGGUGAUGGGUACUAUCUCUCCCUCGCCCAACGAGGAGACGAAUCCAGCGGCAAUGGCCGAGGGAAACGCCAGCGGACAAACAGCGAGCUGGUCUCCGGGCGACAAGCAGGCGCCGGCUGGGGUCGCAGCGCCAUCCGCUGGGCCCCAAUGAAUGUUCCACUACAGAGACGCCUUCAAACUCUCCUCGUCCUCUUGCACACCCUCUCUAUUGCCGGUGGUCUGGCCAUCUUUUUCCUUCUCUGCACCAUUCCCCUUCUCUGGCCCAUCCUCGUCCCCUAUCUUCUCUACGUCCUCAUGUCGCGCGCCGCCAUCGACGGCAAACUCUCUCACCGCUCCGAGUGGUUCCGCAACUCCAAAAUCUGGUCGCUUUUCGGCUCUUACUUCCCUGCUCGCCUGCACCGCAGCCAGCAGCUCGAGCCAACCCGCAAGUACAUCUUCGGCUACCACCCGCACGGCAUCAUAUCGCACGGCGCAUUCGCGGCUUUUGCCACAGAAGCCCUCGGCUUCAGCCAGCUCUUCCCAGGCAUCACCAACAGCCUGCUCACCCUUGAUGCCAACUUUCGCGUCCCGCUGUACCGCGACUACGCCCUGCGCAUGGGCCUUGCAUCGGUGUCGCGCGAAAGCUGCGAAAACAUCCUCAGCAAAGGCGGGCCUAACGGUGAAGGUAUGGGCCGCGCCAUUACCAUCGUCAUCGGCGGGGCGCGUGAAAGCCUCGACGCGAAGCCGAAAACGCUCAAACUCGUGCUCAAACGGCGGAAGGGGUUCGUCAAGCUGGCGAUUCGCACGGGCGCGGAUCUGGUGCCGGUGUUGGCGUUUGGGGAGAAUGAUUUGUAUGACCAAUUGGAUACGAAUCAGCAUCCGUAUGUGCAUAAGGGGCAGAUGCUGAUUAAGAAGCUCAUGGGUUUUACCGUGCCGUUGUUCCAUGCGAGAGGUGUAUUCAAUUACGACGUGGGUAUCAUGCCGUAUCGUCGUGCCAUUGACGUGGUAGUCGGCCGCCCUAUCCCGAUCCUGCAAUCGAAGAACCCGGAUCCGGCGUACGUGGACUCCGUUCACGAGCAGUACACCACCGAGCUGCUUCGACUUUGGGAAGACUGGAAGGAUGUCUUUGCUCGCGAACGCAAGGGUGAAUUGGAGAUUGUAGAAUAG